UUCUGUGGGUUAGGAACUGUGUAAACAUGUUUUUCAUACUUGUGGUGACUGUAGUGGCAUUGUUGUGCACAUAUGAGUUUAUGCGCCGGCGCAGUCGGUAUUGGAAGAUGCUAAGUCAGUAUCCUGGGGACUAUCCACUGCCGAUCGUAGGGAAUGGGUUCCAAUUGGGAUUCGAUGCUGACGACUCUUCCCACAAGUUAAUGGGACUAUGGAAGAAGCAUGGAAGAACCAACUUCCGAAUGACAGUGGGAUCUGAAGAAUGGGUGCUUCUGUCAAAUCCUGAUGAUAUUGCGACUAUUCUUAAUCACCCAACGGAACUUGGAAAGCAAGUCGAGAGAAACACAGCAAUGAAACCGUUCUUUGGAAAUUCCGUCUCAACUUCAGAAGGCGAACGUUGGAAAACAAUACGCAAGUUGAUGGCACCAAGUUUCCAGUUCAAAACCCUAGAGAAGAGGCUAGAGCACGUAAAUAAACACAGCGACAGCUUGCUGAAGGUUUUAGACGAUCACGAUGGUACUGUCGUCGAUAUGUACCGCUAUCUGAGACCGUAUAUGUUCGAUAUUUUGUGCAAUUCACUCAUGGGUGUCGAUUCGGAUCUUCUUUCAACUCCGGACCAUCCUUACUUACAAGCCAGUGAAAAAGUCGUUAAUAUCAUAACACAGAACUUUUUCUCUUAUUGGAGAAACGUCAAGUUUAUUUUCCAACUAACACCAUUUUACAAGGAAAUGAUGGACACCAUAAAAACCAUUCGAGACACAAGCACUAUUAUAAUAUCGGAGAGGAAGAAGGAGCUGAAGAAGAUAAUUGACGACACCAAAAACAACAAUAGAAACGUUGAUGUUGACUUGUCGGAGAUAUUGGGAAACAAAGUGUCUGAUGAUAUGUGUCUUUUGGAUAAAUUCCUUUUGACCAAAAUGUAUAAUGGAGAGCCACUUCCUGAAGACAUGAUAAAUGACGAAAUAACGCUCGUUUCUUGGACUGGUCACUACACGACCACAAUGACGAUGGCACACACCUUAUACUGCAUAGCCAAGUACCCAGAGGUCCAGAAGAGAAUUUUAGAAGAACAACAAUCUAUUUAUAAUAAGGACUUUACGAGAAAACCAACCAAUACUGAAUUGACAGACAUGAAAUAUCUCGAAGCAACUAUCAAAGAAAGUAUUAGAACGAUUCCAACGGUUACGAAAAUUGGAAGGCAGCUCAAAAAUGAUUUAGAAUUUAAAGAUGGUAGAAAAGUACCAGCCGACACAACGGUUAUAGUAUUUUAUGAGGCUAUUUAUCAAGACCCGAAGACUUUCCAUGAACCGGAGAAAUUUAAUCCCGAAAGAUUCUUUGAGCCAAUGCACAAUCAUGCUUUCGUUCCGUUCAGUGCCGGACCAAGGAAUUGUUUAGGAUUCCGGUUCGCGUGGGUGGCAAUGAAGGCAACCAUAUCAAAUAUUAUCAGGAGAUACGAACUUUCCCUUGGCGGUCCCGGGACAGAACCACAAUUCGCAUACAGAAUAGUAACAGAAUCCAAAAAUGGUUUACAGCUUAGACUAAAGAAACGAACCUAGACCCAUAGAUAGACCUAAAACCUUCUGACCAAGUCAAUAUUUGAUGGUUAAAUAGGCUUUUUGAUAUAAUAUGGAUUAAAUUAAUGUUAAGUACCAGUUCCGUAUUACGAUAACUAGAUUAGUAAUUUAUAAAUAUAACUGAUAAUAUUAUAAAACAUAGGUACCUAUCAAAUGUUGGCAAAAAAGAACUGUUUAUUAAAUUAAUAGGUUACAAUUUGAUCCAUGCUUAUUUGGUAGCGGUUAAAAUUGUGGAGAUGUUUAUGUUAUUUGAUUAAUCGGAAAGCAAUAGAUAUACUCAGUAAUCACACGAUUGCCUUGUGAGAAUUUACAAAUUAAAUUUCACUGACUAUGAGUUAGCGAGAUACGCGUCAAUUUUAUUAUUUAUAUCAAUUUCAUCUCUUUAUUUCAACGAAUACGAGAGAAAAGUAUACAAAAUGUUUUAUAUGUAAAAGUUAUUUAAGAAGGUUUUUCACAGCUGAUCUCUUGUACACCUUGCCUUUCUGGCACAAAGGCCAGGUGCUUCCAAAGCUUCCUUUCCCAAGGCUUUGCCACAGAAGACCAGACUUUUCUAAAGAAGCGCUACUCCGCUUGGUGUUGUAGCGAGGUGUACAUUCAAAUACUUUUUUUGGACCAUUUUCCCAUCUGGCCUCUGAGCAGUUGUCCGUCUCCAUUUCUUUUGGCUCUGGUCAUUGCGUUUAUAUAUAAUUAACCUUCUAAACACUUAUUUAUUUAUAUAAAUUAAAUGCCAACAUUUUAUAAUAUAAUCGCAGCGGUUUAUUGAUACAAGAAGCGGCACGAAACUCUAGCGCUGACCGUUAUUGCGAAGAAGUAAAAAAUAAGGUACAUGAGGGGGGUUAGUGGAAUGAAGAGCGUCGAUUGGCUCUCCAGUCGCAUUCCGGCCCCCGCACCACAGUACACAUGCGCAUCAAUCCCCUCCAAGUAUCGGCCAGCGCUAGACUUACGUGCCUAUAAUAGUACGUAUUAUAUAAUUUUUUUCCUUCUGAUAAUUUUUCUUUACACGUAAUUAUUUUGCCAAGUUGAAUUAGAUAUGCAUUUAACGUAUAAAGUCACGGAACGGAUACGAACAAGUAUUAUAUUAGCAGAUAAGGUAAAAAGGUAAUUAAAUUAUUCAUUUUACACUGAAGUAUCGAUGAAGAAUGAUUAUGAAUUUGUAAUACCAAUUAAGUAAUUAAUCGUUGUAUUUUUAAAAUAUAUUUAAAAAUUAGAUUAAGGAGAUUUAUUUUAACGUUUAGUAAAGUAAACGCAUGAAUAU